AUGGCAUCAGGGCGCAAUGAAGAUACAGAGUUGAGACAGACUCAUUUGGUACCCAAGACAUUGCCUCCGCUCCCACCUUCUAGUGGCAAACCAUCAGCACCACCAGCGCCCAUCGAUCAUGGAGACCAUAAAGAACUACCAUUGAGGAGGAGGAUAUUAAAGUGCAUUUACAAUAAAGAGACCAAACAAUUCUUCGGGCGAACAUGCAAAAGUUGGAUGUGCAUCUUAGCGUAUUCAGUGAUGUACCUCUUAUUUCUAGGCACGUUUUUCCUCGUACUACUCUACUCAUCAUUAGAAAUCCUCAAAAUAUUGAUAGACUACAAAAAUAUGGACAGACUUGAUGCCUUUAGGUACCCAGAACAUGCUAUAGGAUUAACAGCUGCGCCGACGUCUGAAUCGAACUUACCAUUGAUUUGGUACAAUAGUGGCGAGAAGAACGACUAUGACAAAUAUGUUCAGGCACUUGACAAGCUCCUAUUGAGUAAUAGACGGAAAAGAGAAAUCAGUAAACUGGGGCCAUGUGGACAAUCUCCUUAUGGUUAUGGCGAGCAACCUUGUGUAAUUAUAAGAAUUAAUAAGAAAUUAAAUUGGGCUGGUCAUCCGCUGCAAUCGAACUCAACGAUUGCGAAGUCGGCGCCAGCUGAGGUGCAAGAAUGGAUGAAAGGAGAUAAAACGAAGUUUUGGCUGCAGUGUGGUGGGUACCACUCCUAUGAUAGAGAGCACAUUGGUAGGAUAAAGUAUUUCCCUGACCCCCCAGGUUAUGAUGCGAGUGCUUUUCCUCUUGAGAAAGAUGGGAAGUCUCCUUUAGUUGCGAUACAGAUUACGGACUUCACAAUGGGCAUUUCACUUGCUAUACAGUGCAAGCUAUGGUACGACGGUGGGCCCUCGACGAUCAACUUCUUACUGUACGUAGCUCCAGAAAAGCGAUAGUAUACAUU